GGCGGCGGCGGUAGAUGCUGUCCCAUCAUCAGAUUACACCCAACGGGGCUGCUGCGCACCGCUCCUCCGGCACCAUGACACCCGGAUCCAGAACCGCAGUCUGAGCCGCACCGAGGACGAGACCGGCGGAACACCGCGAGCGACGGACGUGGACAUAUACGCGCGCGCGCACACACACACGUACACACGCAAGCAAGCACGCACGCACGCACGCAGGGGGAGACGAACAUCGCAGCUUCAGCAGAAGCAGUCAGAGACUCGGGAACGCCGACCGAGGCGAACUCUACCGCGCCGUGGAACUGCGCUGUUCUCCCCAGAGACGCGUCCCGCUCGGACACCCGCACAGAAACAUUACACCCGCAACUCCGCUGACACCACAACAUGUCAACGUCGGGCAAGGACGCCAACAGCGGGCAUUACGCCAACUAUGUGGGACCGUACCGCCUGGAGAAGACGCUGGGUAAAGGGCAGACAGGUCUGGUGAAACUGGGCGUCCACUGUGUCACGUGUCAGAAAGUCGCCAUAAAGAUUGUCAACAGAGAAAAGCUCAGCGAGUCUGUUCUCAUGAAGGUGGAGAGGGAGAUAGCCAUCCUCAAACUCAUAGAGCAUCCUCACGUUUUAAAGCUGCACGACGUCUAUGAAAAUAAGAAAUACCUGUAUCUGGUGUUAGAGCACGUGUCCGGGGGCGAGCUCUUCGACUACCUGGUGAAGAAAGGCAGGUUAACACCUAAAGAGGCCAGAAAGUUCUUCAGACAGAUCAUCUCAGCCCUGGACUUCUGCCACAGCCACUCCAUAUGCCACAGAGAUCUGAAGCCCGAGAACUUGUUGUUAGACGAGAAGAACAACAUCAGGAUAGCAGACUUUGGCAUGGCGUCUCUGCAGGUCGGGGACAGUCUGCUGGAGACCAGCUGUGGAUCUCCACACUACGCCUGCCCAGAGGUUAUCAGGGGGGAGAAGUAUGACGGCAGGAAAGCAGAUGCCUGGAGCUGUGGAGUCAUCCUGUUUGCACUGUUAGUGGGCGCUCUGCCUUUCGACGACGACAACCUGAGGAAUCUGCUGGAGAAGGUGAAGCUGGGAGUUUUCCACAUGCCUCACUUCAUUCCUCCGGACUGUCAGAACCUCCUGCGCGGCAUGAUCGAGGUGGACGCCAGCAAGAGGCUGACGUUAGAGCAGAUACAGAAGCAUACAUGGUACCUAGCCGGGAAGAAUGAGCCUGAGCCUGAGCAGCCGGUCCCCAGGAAGGUGGCCAUCAGGACGCUGGCCUCGGCCGAGGAGAUUGACCCCGACGUCCUGGAGAGCAUGCACUCUCUGGGCUGCUUCAGAGACAAGGACAAACUGACCAAAGACCUGCUGUCUGAGGAUGACAACCAGGAAAAGAUGAUCUACUUCCUCCUCCUGGACCGUAAGGAGAGAUAUCCCAGCCACGAGGACCAGAACCUGCCGCCACGCAACGAGAUUGCAGACCCUCCCAGGAAGCGCGUGGACUCGCCCAUGCUGAGUCGUCACGGCAAACGGAGACCGGAGAGGAAGUCGAUGGAGGUGCUGACGGUGACGGAGGGCGGGUCUCCAGUCCCGGUGCGACGGGCUAUCGACAUGGCGACUCACGGUCAGAGCAAAUCUGUUUUCAGUAAAAGCUUGGAUAUCACAAACGCUAACUGCAGCAAGGAGGAAAGAUCGCGGUCGAUCAGCGGAGCGUCCUCCGGUCUGUCCACAAGUCCUCUCAGCAGUCCCAGGCCCAACCGUCGGUUCUUCAUCCCGCCCCAGUCCCCAGACCUGUGUCAGUCCCCCAACUGCAGCCCCACCCACUCCCCCGAGGUCCGCCUUAACGGGAUGGGGCCCCGCACACCCAACUCCUACCAACCAAAGAUGGGGUCCCCCCUCAUGCACCCCCGCACCCAGACCCUCCCCGCUAAGCCCAAAGUGUCCGAGAAGCCCCUGCAGACCACCAGGUCCAACCCACUCCCCAACUCCGCCCAGAGCCCCGCUGCCCCCAAAUCUGAGCCCUCCACCCCCUGCCAGCCUCUGGCCCCCUGCCUCCCCAGCAGCCCCCGGGUGAGACGCCACCCUCCCCUCACCGUCCCCCCGAAACUCUCCAUCCCCCUCUCCCCUGUGCCUCCUAUGUCGCCCCUCCGCCGCCACCACCUCCACCCUGACCACAACGGCAAAUCUGUCCCCAUCACGCAGGUGACCCCCCACCCCUCCCCCAGAGGGAGCCCCCUCCCCACCCCCAAAGGCACCCCGGUGCACACGCCCAAGGACAGCCCAGCCGGCACGCCCAGCCCGACGCCCCCGCCCAGCCCCUCCAUCGGCGGCAUGCCCUGGAGGACGCGCCUCAACUCCAUCAAGAACAGCUUCCUGGGCUCACCGCGCUUCCACCGCAGGAAAAUGCAAGUACCCACCCAGGAGGACAUGUCCAGUCUCACCCCAGACUCUUCUCCAGAGCUGGCGAAGAAGUCGUGGUUCGGUAACUUCAUCAACCUGGAGAAAGAGGAGCAGAUCUUCAUCGUGAUCAGAGACAAACCUCUCAGCUCCAUAAAGGCCGACAUCGUCCACGCCUUCCUCUCUAUUCCCAGUCUGAGUCACAGCGUCAUCUCUCAGACCAGUUUCCGGGCGGAGUAUAAAUCCACAGCUGGUCCCACAGUUUUCCAGAAGCCGGUGAAGUUCCAGGUGGACAUCACCUACACAGAGAGCAGCAGCAGCGCCACCAAGGAGAACGGCAUCUACUCCGUCACCUUCACCCUGCUCUCAGGUCCGAGUCGUCGUUUUAAGCGUGUAGUAGAAACCAUCCAGGCUCAGCUGCUCAGCUCUGACCAGCCUGGAGUCCAGCCUCAGAUAUCUGGCAGCCCGUUGAGUAACUUCUUUGACGUAAUUAAACAGCUUUUUUCAGACGAGAAGAACAUCCAAGCGUCCCACUCCCCCGGCGCCCCCGCCACGCCUAGCUCCCCUGCCAAGCAUGCCCCCAGCAGCAAGCCCAACCAACCCCCGCCCAAUGACUCUAAAUGCCCCCCCGGCAAAGACAAAACAAAGAUGGCCGCCAGCAACAGGACACAGGAACAACCUUAAGGAGCGGUAGCUGUGCAUGAGUAGAAGUCAGGUCAUUAAAGCAGAGAGCGACAGAGGAGAGCUGCUAACUUUGCCCUUUAGUUAGGAGUGAGAAAACAAAUCUACUUUUUGCCUAUAAAUUUUGUACUGUAUAAUGGGAAUGGCUCUUUCAGUUUAAAAGUUGAUCAGUAUUUUACAAUAAGUAGCAGAUGUAGCUUUGUCGUCCCUACCUUGUGUCCCUCUCUGUGUCCUCGGGGGUCUUUCAGUGGGUCUGUGUCCUCCUCACAUGUGUGAUGGCUUGACUUGUCUCUGCCACCAGGGAUCAUCCAUAAUAGCUAUUAACUUCGGCGGCUCUCCGAGACCGACCGACACCUCCGCCGAGAGUCUGCAACUGAAGAAAAGACAGAGGACCCCCCCUCCCCGCCCCCCUUCCCCCUCUCCCCCACACGUCCCCCUCUUCGAGUCCGGCAGCAUCAGUAGAGUCCACCUCGCCUCACCACCACCACCAGACCAAACACAGAGACAUCUCAGAAGAGUUGUAAAAAGAAAAAAAAGCCUUAAGACAGUGAUGUUUGUCAAUCUACACACACACACACACACACACACACACACACACCCCUCCUCUUUUCUCUUCUAUUUCCUCCCACAUGUACAUAAACACACACAUGCUGUUGUACUCGUCCACACACACAACUAAUAUCUGCGGGAUGUAAUGACUUGCACACGCUGACAAACAGGAUCAGGAAGCAGGAGAUGGACGAACAGACGGACGGACGCUGGCUGGAUUGUAAUUCUUUUUAACGUCAUCUUUCUUUGUGAGCUGCAGGAUUUUUGAGCCGGUGUUCCUGUAAAUGGGAUCUUACAGUUUAAAGGUUGCCCAUAAAAGUAUGAUGGGUGGGGGUGGGGUGGGGGUGAUACUACAUAAAUGAAUGAUCUAUUCUGUUGUACAGACUACAUAAUGUUCCGUAUGUACAAAAACUGUAGUUGUGACAUGUUAAGAGUUGUGUUGCCAUUUUUUGAUUUGUAUUCCUGCACAGGCCUGGUCACACCAGCAUUUAAAACACUGACAUCUGUUCAUUGUAAUGGAAACUCUGCGAUUAAAUCCUCUUCCGUGUGAAUCUGUGCAACUCACCAAUAACAAUCCGUUUUUAAGGGAACUUUUAUUUAACUUCCUCUUUAAGUACGACACGGUUUGCAAACAGUAUAAAUGUGUUUUAAAUAGUGAACUACAGCUGCAACUAUCAGUCAGUUGAAAACAACAAUUUUAAAAAUCGAUUUGUUUCAAGCAAAAACAUUUUUUUCAUAUGCGACAGUAAACUAAAUAUUUUAAAGAUCUUUUGGUUAACUCAUCUUUGUUUGAUCGCUCUGAUGCUCUUUGUUCCGACGUUUUCAGGUGUUUUUCCACAGUUUUAAUGUCUGACGCGAGAGCAUGCAUAAAGCAGAAACUACCGGUAUCAUGGUGAGUUAACAUCGACUAAUAACACUGUCAGCAGCCCGACAGGAGAGACACUCCACACACCGAGUUUUACCUGGUCGUGGUUAACAGUUAAUAGAUUAAAUAAUCAAGCAAUCAACAGAGAAAAUAACUGGCAGAUUAUCUUCAGUUGUAGGUCUUUGGUAACUCUUGAUUGACUCUGUUGAUGUUCAGUCCUGACAAGGAUAGAGUUCAGAAAACCACAGCAACUGAAUCUCGUUAGCAUGUUUCUGACUGGACAGCUCGUUAGGCUCGUUGGCUACGUUACGUCACUAACUUGCCGUGUGAAGAGUUGCUACGUCACCGCACUUCUACCCUGGUAUAAAUAUUUGCGUCGUCACUUCCUGGUGUGACCGGGCCUCAUCAAUGAAAUGUCUCCUUUUAUUUUUGCACUGUCAUUUUUUAUUAUUAAUUUUUGUUGUUGUUCAGGUUCCUUUGAAUUAUCUGCAGGUUUCAGACAAUAUUGAACUGCUGUGUAUAUUUUUGUACUUUACUGUAUUUUGUCAUUUUUUUGUUAUUAAUUUAUUCUCAGUUAUUUAUAUGAGAGAUGUAGAGAAUGUUUCUUAACGUCAGAUUAUUUAAGGAUAUUUUUGUCAUGUUUAAGUUAUUUGAUCACUGAGAAAUCUCAAGACGUUUGUGAGCGUUCGUUCCUUUUCCCGGCUUUUGAUGAGAGAAACCUUGUAAUAUACGUUUGGAAAAUGAUUUACCGUAAUUUAAGAAUGUAGACGUAGCCUCUCUGAGAGGAACAAACCCUUUGUUGAUAACUGUCGGCUCCUUCUUCCCCCCUGUGCGUAUGAAGACUCAGAUCUCACCAAACACUCAUUCUGUAAAUAAGCCGAGUUUACUGACAAGCUUAUUUAAAAAACCAAGGGGAUUCCUACUCUUAGCUUUGACCUCGUACGGUUGUUUGCAUGUUCAGCAUUCGUCUUUUCUUUGCAUGUCGUCGUUGGAAUUGUUCUCCUGUUCCCUUUUUCUCUCCACACUUAUUUAUGUAUUUAUGUUCUUUAUGUGUAUUUGUUUUUAUUUGCUUUUUUUUUGUUUGUUUUUUUUUUCAGUUUUUAUUUCCUUCUCCGUUCUCUUGCCCUCUUCCUCCUUUUUGAUUACUGUGCUCACACAGUAACCGUGCAAUGCAUCCUCCUUACUCAUUCUCUCAAAGAGGGACCUCGCUGGCGAUCGGGUCGCUCACUCAGACCAGCUGGGUGAGCGGUGGAUUAUCAGAGAGAACAAAUCAAAGCAAUACCUUUCAUCGUUCGCUUUCCUCUUUUUCUACUGUGGGAAUCCAGAGCACACAGAACGGACUCGGAGCACGGAGCGCUACUACUGAGCAGGAUAACCACUGGCAAUGUAUUCCCUUGUGAUGUUACUGUGAACAACUUCAGUGCUAAAGGAAAUAAAUCUGUUGACUUUGGA